GAUGUAACUCUUCCUUUCUUAUUGACAUUGAAGAGAAACAGGAUGUUGUAGACAGAGAUUAAGUGAAAGGUUUUAUGGAAUUGUUGAAUAUGUUGGUGGUCAUAUACAUCAUCUGCCGUUCCCGAGAUGAUGGUAUGGUGCGGUGAUGUAGGGCUGCACAGCUGCAGCUGGUGUCCAUUAUGAAGGAAGAGGAGGUCAACUCAAGGUCAUUAGCAAUGAAGAUCAAUACUCGGUUCAUUAGUGUUCAAGAUUAUACAGUGGUCAAGAUGUGAAAUAUCUCAUUGUCCAUUGUCUGUGGGAGGCACUCAGCAUCUUAAAGAUAUGGAGUCAAAUAUCAGGGGGUGUUCCUGUCCCACUUCACGGGUUUGGCUUGUAACCCACCAAUUGUCAAAAGUAGACGCCUGUAACACUCUAAUAUGCCACUAAACCCGCCAGAAAAGGACUUUUGAAGCCUUUGUCAGGGACAGGUAUUUACUGAUUGCCAACAACCUGGGAAGGUUAUUAUGAUAAAAACGUGGAGUUAAGAUGGAAGAUGUGGUAUUUCGGCCGUUUGGAUUUACGCAAACAGACAGCUAGUGUUUUGUGAUCAUCACAACUGACGAGAUAUAUACAGGUGAUUCAUCUCUCUCCUGACACCAGGUGUACAUAUGGAUUAAUGAUGUCAUCACUGUCUAUGUGGUUGUGAUAGACCUACCUUGUGUUCUGAUAUAGAAAACCACACUGAGAGGACUCUGAUGUCUGGUCACUCAAUCUACUCGUCCACGAAGUCGACUCCUGAACCAGCAAAGAUCUCCAAAAGUAAAAUGAAAUAAAAAAAACUCUGAAAGUUUUAUGGUGUGUUCAUGCUUGAAGAAAAAAAGCUUUGAGAGAGAGAAAAAAACCCGAAGAGAAUGCAUCAAGAGAUUGCCUACUGCGUGCCACUUGAAUGAGAUUUUCAGUCAGUUUUACCCAAACACAGCUGGUGAUACGCUUGUGAUGCUCAAGACGAUUUUUGGAUUUUAAUGGAAAACCUGAUACUUGUAUGUGUUGUGUAAGGUUUAGGAGUAGUUUUAGUGUCACUCUGACUCAUCCCACCAAUCAGAGGCCAGUCGUCUGCUGCUGAAACGAAGAGCAUCUGCAUGAUCUGUUGUCUGGUUGAUGAGUUACAGGUUACAACUAGUGAACUCUGCAUGUAAAGUUAGCAGCAAUAACUUAAGGCUAUGCUGACUCUUAACACACAGCAUAUAUAGGUACAGGAAAAACUGGCUGUACAUUCGUGUGUUAUAUACGAACCAUCUCCAGAGAAUAUCAGGUAAUUAGUAGCUUGAAACCUACCUGUAAAGUGACAUUUUGAACUCUGGAUUGCACACAGACAUAUAGUGCGGAAGUGAAGUUGUGGAUUUAUAGUUCUGUGUUUCACUGUGGCUAUUUCAGUACAUAAACACAGUGCACCUGGUGUGGUAACGAAACUCUGGAUUUAAUGCUGUGGAAGUGUUGCUACGAAACUACAAAACACUACAAAUCGACAGAAACUACCUUGAAUUUAAUCAAAUAUCAACACCCGUGGCAGAAUUUUCUACUUUCGUGGAAUUAACAGAAAUUUUGUCCCACUCCCACAGUGACUGAGCUAAAUUCACUGGUGUUGUGCUACCCUAGGUCAGGUUUUGUGUGCUAGUUUCAUUACAGCAGGUAUUGUGUCAUUGGCUGCCCCCAGGAAAUAGACAAAGUAUUGACCAGCUAGCCAGCUGUUGCAUACCAAAUUGAAUUACUGCAGAAUUAGCCUGCUAGGCCUUGUGUUUAGACAACAGGGUAGAACUCUGUGAAAAUUCACCUGGUUUUUAAAUCAAUCAGGAAUUACGUUGGAGCUCUUGGGAAUUUAUUUUGUGAAGGGGAAAAAACUGAUUCGUCAUCACACUAAAAACAAUUAACAGCAUUCUUUUGGGAUUUAAUUACAAGACAUAUUUUUUAAUGAAUUAACAACACCUUAACUGGAUCUACUUCGACAUGUGUGUUAUUUUAAGCUGUGUUGUUUACACAACUCUCCACACUGAUAACCAAGAACCUGAUCACCCCUAUAGACCCACUACUACAUGCAAGCAACCAAUGAUGGCCAGAGGGCCAGUUUCGACCAUUGGUCAGUGUAAUAUGGCAUUUUUGUGACCGUCUGACUGAUUGACUAGCCUGAUAACUGGAGUGUGACCAUGCAUAACUUUGCACAAGCAGACGACAGUUGGAAUGUAGUUUAUGUGGCUAGGCUGUAAAAGAAAACUAAUGAUCGUGAUACAUAGCUGAGAUUACUGAUCACAGGUAAAAGUCAUCGUUUAUUUACAAUGGCAAGUUUUCACAGUGGUAGUAGACAAUGACCUGGUGCAAAGUAAAACUCCACUAAUUAGUUGUGACAGUCAAAAGGAAAAAUAUUAACAAAAUGACCAGUACGAGUCACCAACAGGUAUUACAAAGCUCUUCUCGGCCGUCACAUAUGAUUGAGAAUUACCAGCAAUCCUUCAUACCUCGGAGGAUGCCUCAGGCAAGCCGUAAAACCCAACAGGAUACAGUGAACCGUGAUGACAAGCUAACACCACCUUUACCACCUAGAAGCAUAGAUGUGAGGAAGUCAACAGAUCAAGCUGGAGAGUUCCCACCCAAAGGGGGAAUAUCCAGUCUGUUAAAAACAUCACCAAAUUCUUCCGUGUUGACCCAGAGAUACCCUUACAACCGGACUAUUCCUAAUUCGGUGGGGUCAACAGGAAGGCCGUUUAGUUCAUUGCCACGUCGGGUGAAUGACAAACCUAAAAACAAUGUGCAGGUGAAUGAGUCGAGGUCUCGCCCCUAUUCACAGCGUAGUGACCGGGUUGAAUCAGUACAUAGCCCCACUGGCCAGGGAGGAGACACAGGAUACUCCACACAGGGACGUCCUUCCAACAACCAAACGGACCACAGAACUGGUGUGGUAAACCCUUACAACAAGCAAAGUGAAUAUGAAACCAAAACUGUAGUCUCACAGGAUUUACCUCCUCAGAUUCCUCCGCGCGGUUUACCACACAGAGUUACGACUAAUGGUAUGCCACCAUCGCCAAAAUCGCCAGGACACGAUUCCAAUCCCUCUCCUACAGGGAGUGCUUCAACUCCGGAGCCGCAACCUCUGACUCGUACCAAUGUCACAAAGCAUGACAUUAUUUGGACAGUUGAUAAAGAGGCUGAUGAGGGAGUCAGUGACUUACUUAGUCCCCCUAUGAAACAUUUAACUCCGGAAGUGACAGCACAAAUGCUUGACAAUUUCGAUCCACAUGAUGUGUUAGAUUCGGCCAGUGAUUCAUCAGCAGACACUAUGAUCAUGAUGACCACGGAGGAAGAAAAAAGGAACGAAGAAAGUAUCAAUCAUAGUAAACAGAAAUAUGAAUCGAAAAAUACUUUUCCUGCCUCAGAUGAGUCAGUUGUGCCAGAAAUCACCAAUUCCAUCAUUUCAAAGGGAAAUGGGGUCAGGUCCAAUCUAAAAGUGACGUUUAUGUCCCCAAAACGACAAGUGUCUGAAGAUGAAAGUUUAGAUGACGGGUACGGUACAAACUCAAGUUCAGGAACUUCCUUAUCUUCCCCACUGUCAUCUAGCUCUUCAUCAUCAACGACAAAUUCUGAUCUCGAAAAUUCCUAUAAUCAGGGAAAUGGUUGUAAUGUGAAACGGGAUGUAAAAGCUUCUGUUAAUGGACCUAUCAUAAAACCAGCGUUGACUAACAAUCAGCCAUCUACACGUAAUACUUGGGCUGUGCGACGGAGAAACAAAAUGGUGGAAUCGCAGGACAAUUCCCUGCAGGAAAAAUUACGACAGUUGGCAAUUAUUGAAGAGGAAGAAAAUAUUCAAAAUGUUCAAAGUGCGCCGGAUGUCAGUCCUGAGGUGACAACAGCAAAUCACGUCAACAAUAAUGACUUCUCCGACAGAGUUUACAUGUAUGAAAAGGGAGGCACUGAAUUGGGAGCUAAUACGGAGAUGCGCAGUGCAAGGACACAUAGUGGUGAAAAUAUAGGCCCACCAGAGGAUUUACGUAGGUUCGAAGGAGAUUUGUCUGACAAAUUCACAGAUAUGGAUAGGAAUUACCGGAAUUACUAUGACUUUGAUAAAACAAAUGAAAAUUUGAAAGAUGAUUCAAAAGUGCUAUACUUUCAUCAGAAAACGAUGAAACAAAACUAUGGAAAUGAUAAUUAUUACAACCCUCAUGCACAUCGGAAUUCCCAAAAUAUGGGUCAGUUUCAAAUUGGUCAACUUGACCCUUCAAUGCAGCCACCAGGUUCCUCCGGAGUACCAAUGUUAAGUUUGAAAAGUAUGGUUUCCAUGGAUACAAGGGGACCUAACUCUGCUCGUAGUGACUAUGGAGGACAUGUGCCAUUUGGUGGGGAUAUCCCUGCCAGAAGUUUGUCAUAUCAGUCAGGUAGUUCAAUUGGAAAUAUGUCUACUUCUAGUGAUUUUGUGAAAGGAAAUACAAGUUGUGAUAAUAUUUUUGCAAAUGGUGGCAUGGACGGAAUGCCCCAUAAAGGUCGUUUCAUUUCUGUAGACAAUGUGAACCAGAACGGCAGACGACCAUUUUUUGCAAGCUCCGCGGAUAUUUACAACAUGUUUCAAAGUGGUAACAACUUAGCCACACAGAUUCAUAGGCCAGCCUCGUAUCGACAUAGUUUUCACGAGAUGCCGUCAUCAGGUCAUGUUGUUGUCGAUUCUAGUCAACUACAGCCAGAACAACGGCCGCGAGCCGCAUCAGCUAGUGUGACGAUGCAGAGUAAAUCCUCGUGGAAUUUAUUCGGAAGUAUGUUUGGUAAGAAGAAAACCAAAAAUUUGCAACAGAAAACUGAAAAUAGUUCUGAAAGUCAACAAAAAAGUGCUACCAAUGGUCAACAAGGCCAGGAAAAAGCUUCCACCUUAAAAAGCUCAGGUAAAAAAUCUUCACAGAACAGUAGGAUUUUUCCUAAGGAGCCUAGCAAACCAGUCCCUCCACCCCCAGUGGGACAGAAACAACAAUACACUGUGGUACCCCUCAUACGAACUCCAAAAGCACAACAAAUGAAAAACCCUACGUCUCAUGACUUUGGGGUCAGAGGUCAAUCACAGACUCUGCCGACAAGGGGUUCAUACGAUAACAGUGUGUAUAAGAGUCGGUUUAAGACUGUUACUACUGACGAGGGGGACACUCAGAAGCUUUCGACUCUCGUCUGAGUGUUUGAAUUUGUAAUUCUACUUGCGCACACACUACAUAUACAUACAAUUCUCGGUGAUUUUUAUUGAUAAAGAUUAUUUAAGGUUUUACAAGUUACUCUAUCGUACUAUUCAAUCUUUGUGAAUUUUAUUUGUGUUUUAUCAUUUAUUUUUAUUUUUUUGAAAGAUCAGUUAACGAUUAUCAAGCUUGUAUUGCAUUAUUUACUAAACAUGAUCACCCAUUCAUCCUAGAUAAGUAUGUUUUCCAGAAUCAUUAAUAAUCAGGGAUAUUGGGAAUUUAUCAACUGAUUUAAUUAACUUUGGUUUUAAUUUUUAUUGAAAAUUUGAGUUUGAGAAAAUGUUCUUCCCCACUACCUUCCCCUCCUCUGGCACUACACGCCUGGGACGCUCAAACCCUUGUAAGCAUACACCCCGGAAAAUGAUUUGCUAUGCCACUGGUUUCACUCCUCCAAUUCCAAUGGUACUCUUUGCUAUAGACUUGUCUUUUUUUCUUAAAAAAAUACUGGAUUUAUACCCUACAUAAUUUUGGACAAGGAAGCAAGUACAUUUCCUAUCGACAGUAAAGCGUAGACGGCAUGUAUUUGUUGGGGUAUGCCCUAAUCAGUGAAAUCAGUUAUUUGACACCAUACAAAAAUUGUCAUUCUAGGAAAAUCAAAAAUAUUUAUAUUUUAGAAUUCAAGACACUUCUUACAUCAGUUUAAAGUUGUAUGAAACCAGACCAAACAUUAAUCAGGUCUGUUUGUGACAUGAAGGGUGUUUUUGUCAACUGCCCUUGUCCUCCUGAAAAUCUACUUACAAUCAAAACACGAUACUUAAGCUCUGCAAUCACACGUCAAUAACUGCCAUAAGUCGGGGGAUUUGUCUCCAUAUCCUUAUUGAACUCAACAUGAGUCUGUCGUACUGAACACAUGGGAAACUGUAAGAUUUUUCCGCAAUCAGCUGUUUGUUGAUGGUUCUGGAAACAGAUUAUCAUCACCAAGUCAUAGUCGUUAUUUUUUUUAAUAAGAUGACUUUUACAUGAGGUCAUCUUGCAUAUUUUAAUUACAGGUCACCAUUAUGGAACUUAAUGACUAAACUACCUCAUCAUAUGGAACCAAACACAUACUCUGUGUAUACAUGUAUAUUUUGUGCUAUUAGCCUUAAGCCAUAUUAUAGCCAAUAUUUUUAUCCAUUUUCCAUGCUUUUAUGAUAUGAUAGCAUCACCAUUUUACGGAAUGUGUCAGCAUUUUUUUUUAUCUGGGAUUUAAUAAUGAAACCUUGCUACAUUAACUCAUUCACCCCUGAAGACACAUUUGAACUCUUCCAAUUCAAAUGUUGGAAUAGUUCAUUAUGAAAUUUCAGGGGUGAAUGAGUUAAGUCCAUGAGUACCUAAGUGAUACGACUAUGGGUCAAAAGAACUGGUUUUAGGAUAGGAAUCGCAAUGCCCUACAGUAACUAUACUCACUGGCGUGUUUGGGAUUUAUCUCCAGACCACCAUGAUUUCGCAGAUUUUUUUAAUAAGAAAAAGACUGAAGCCAAUUUGGAUAUCAACUGUAAAAAUAAUUUGAUUGUUUCUUUAUUAGUGCCUCAUAUAUGGUCCAGUCAACUUUGCUGAUCAUAAAACAUGACAAAUUUAUGAGGAAAUAAUAUGCAGGAGAUUUAUUAAGUAAGGAAUUCAGACAUUUUGAAAUUGUUCUCAGUAAUUUUGCAGAAAAGUAUUAACAACUAUCAUGAAGCAUGAAGUUCCCUGGAUUAUAAUCAAAAGGUCUUGGGAUUGAAUUAUCGUGGAGGAAAUUGUUUUUAGUCAUAAAAGAAAUUGUAAAAAAGAUAUUUUGUUCACAUGUAAAUAUAACUCUAUCUUAUAGAAUGUCGGUAAGAAACUCAAAGUUAUAAAAAUCCUGACAAAUCGGAACUCUUCUUCAGUGGAGAUACAACAUAGACCACUGGGACUCUCUCCUUUAAACAGAAACAAUCAAUACACUUAUUUGUAGUCAAGCAUACAGUACAGGUCUAGGUUAUCGCAAAUCUGAUAAAAAGUUUAACAGAAUUUAUUUAUAAAUUUUCCUAAAAAUUGUUAUAUAGAGAAGCUGCAGGAUAAGUUACAGAAUAUAUUUAUGUAACCGACCUAGUUUAAUUGUUGGGUGUGAGUCAUCUCUCUAGUGUAGACAUCUGUUGCAUGUCAAAGUACCCUAUCUGUUGGGAUCUGUAUCUAUGUCAUAUCGGGCAGGUGUAUCAAAUUUCUGAAUUGCUUGUGCAUACAUGUUUCUGACAUAACUCAAUUUUCAUGGAAAAUUGACUAAAACGUUUUUUUUAUAUGAAUAACUUAGUUGUGUAAAAUUAAAUAACUAAUUUAAAUAAAUUUUCACAGGACGUUUGUGACAGAUUGUUUUAUUUUUUCAAUUUUAGCAAACAAGUUCCCUUUUUUUGGUCUCAGUUUAUUCUAUUCGGCCCAUUUCCAUAUUCAAUGAAAAAUUAAUUUACCAGUAAACUUAAGAUUUAUUUACCGGUAAACUUACAAGUGAGAUGUAUAAGGAGGUCGUGGACAGAAUCAUGAUAUUGAGGUCAGAAAUAAUAACUGUCACUUUCUCUAUCUGGUUAAGAUUUUUUUUAUUUAACUACCACUUUUUUGCAGAAAAUUUUCAUGUAGUGGCAUUAAUAUUUAACGAGGAAAAUCUGUAAUUGUCCUGUGUUAUAUAUAGUAACGUUACCCUGGUAAAAUACUAGCUGCUUCUUACCAACUCGCCUAGGGAGAAUUUCUCUU